AUGUGUGGUAUCAUCGGAUUGAUCCAGGCGAAUCCGACCUCAUCCGCCGCCAUCGACCUUCAUGAGGCCCUGUACCUCUUACAACAUCGAGGUCAGGAUGCUGCUGGAAUUGCAACAUGCGCAGCAGGCGGUCGCAUCUUCCAGCUCAAGGCUAACGGAAUGGCCGCCAAGGUCUUUUCGGACGGCGCUAGGGUGGCCGACCUCCCAGGCUACAUGGGCAUUGGCCACUUGAGAUAUCCCACUGCGGGGAGCAGUGCAAAUGCCGAGGCCCAGCCUUUCUACGUGAACAGUCCGUACGGCAUCUGUCUCGCCCACAAUGGAAACCUCAUCAACGCCCCCGAGCUCAAGAGGUACCUUGAUUUCGAGGCUCACCGUCACAUCAACACCGACAGUGACAGCGAGUUGAUGCUGAACAUUUUCGCCGAUGAGCUGAGUGAGACCAAGAAGGCGCGUGUCAACCAGGAAGAUGUCUUUGCCGCCCUUAGCAGAAUGUAUGAGAGGUGCGAGGGUGGUUGGGCAUGCACGGCCAUGCUUGCUGGUUUCGGUAUCCUGGGUUUCCGUGACUCCUAUGGUAUCCGUCCUCUCGUCCUUGGCUCCCGGAAGUCGCUCGAUGGUCAUGGUACAGACUACAUGAUGGCCUCCGAGUCUGUUGCUUUGCACCAACUUGGGUUCACGGAUAUCCGCGAUAUCCAGCCUGGUGAGGCUGUUCUGAUCGAGAAGGGCGGCCAGCCCGUCUUCCGUCAGGUCGCCCCCCGCAAAGCUUAUGCUCCUGACAUCUUUGAAUACGUCUACUUUGCUCGUCCCGAUUCCGUCAUCGACGGUAUCAGUGUCUACCGCAGUCGCCAGCGUAUGGGUGACCGUCUCGCCGCAAAGAUUCUCAAGGCCCUCGGCCCUGAGGUUGUCAAGGACAUUGACGUUGUCAUCCCUAUCCCGGAGACAUCGACAACCUCGGCUGCCGCUGUUGCCCGGUAUCUCGACAAGCCUUACUGCCAGGGUUUUGUAAAGAACCGCUACGUAUUCCGUACCUUCAUCAUGCCGGAACAGAAGACCCGACAGAAGGGUGUCCGCCGUAAGCUCAAUGCUAUGCAGACCGAGUUCAAGGACCGAAAUGUUCUUCUCGUCGACGAUAGUAUUGUCCGUGGAACCACGAGUCGGGAAAUCGUCACAAUGGCUCGUGAAGCUGGCGCCAAGAAAGUGUACUUCGCUAGCUGCUCUCCAGAAAUCACUCACGCCCACAUCUAUGGUAUUGAUCUCGCCUCUCCUUAUGAGCUAGUCGCCCACAACCGAGAUGUCGAGAGCAUCGCCAAGCACAUUGGUGCCGACAGUGUUAUCUACCAGACGCUGGACGACCUCAAGGGCGCUUGCGCCGAGAUUGCCCAGGAAAACGGACUGGAGCACCCGCGCGACUUUGAAGUCGGUGUCUUCUGCGGCAACUACGUCACUCCCGUCUCAGACGGCUACUUCGACCACCUCGAGAAGAUCCGUGGUGAGGGCCGGAAGGUCAAGGCGGUUGAUCGUGCCAAGGAAGCCGUUACGCAUGGUUUUGCUAGCGAAAAGGACUUCCAGAUUGCCGCCAACGGUGUCAAGAUGUCCAGCAGUGGUGAUCUUGUACCUGCCGGUAACCCCGCUGAGUCGGAGGUGCCCCAGGUUGGCGUCUACGGCUCCAACAAGCCUCCUCCUCUUGAGAUGGAAGAGCCCCCUAAGGUCAAGGACCGCAUGGACAUUAGCAUCCAUAACAUCGCCGACCACCACUAG